AUGGGGUUUCAGGUUCUCGCAUGUGUGUCUGUAGAAACAUCUGAAUCCAAAUUCAUCGGAUCCAUCCAGCCAUUCUCACUGCACUCAUCAGUUCCAUCCUCAGUUGCUCCGCCAAUCAGUGUAAUCACCACUUUUGUUUCUCCUGUGGAACUGUCUCAGGAGGACAUUUAUUGGAUCGUUGUCCAAGUUGCUGGUACCUGUAGUCAGUGCUGGUUGUCAUCGUUAUCACUAUUCCGAAAUCUACUGGUUGUUUCUGGAGCAGGUCCGAAUGUUACCUAUCGUUAUGUUCAUUUUUGCAUCACUGACAACAACUUUAUUCCGAUUAGAGUUCCAGAUUAUCUUCCUGAAAGUUGGAAACUAUACUACAAGAUAGGUCACAUGAGCUCGGUGAGGUCACAUUUUUAUGUCAGAAGUUAG